AAUAUAAAAUAAUAGUACACGUGUUCAUUUUGGCAUAAAAAGUAAUGAAAAACUAUUAUACAUGUAUUUAAUUGUUUUUUCUUAAAAAUUGUAAUAUUGAAAAUUAUUAUAUCAAAUUUAACAUCUACAUACAUAGAAAAAGCAAAAUGUCAGCAUAUGAUAUAAUUCUGAACACAACACAAUAUUAACGAAUGAAAGCAGGUGUUAAAGUGAUUGAGAUUUGAAUAAUUACUACGAUAUCAAAAUAUUGAUCAUAAAUCAUUGAUUCAGCAAUAAAGUGACCUUAUUGAUUUUUGAUUAUACGUUUAUUCAACUAAUUUAACAUCGCGAAAAAAAACUAUAAAAUUUAACAUGGAAGAAAUAAAUGAUACAGAACUACUUGAUAAUAGGUUUUAUAAAGCUUCUGAAAAAUAUUGGGAUCGUAUUCCUCCUACUGUUGAUGGAAUGCUAGGUGGUUUUGGAUUUUUAUCAGAAAAGGAUAUAGAUGGUUCAUCACAUUUUCUAUUUUCAUUAUUUGAGGUAUAUCAUAUAGAGUUAAUAAAUCCACCAUCAAGACAAAAAGCAUUGGAUUGCGGUGCUGGAAUUGGUCGUGUAACAAAAAACUUAUUAAUAAAUCAUUUUGAAAGUGUUGAUUUAUUAGAACAGAAUCCAAAAUUUAUAGAAACUGCAAAAACGUAUUUAAGUACCUGUAUUUCAAGAGUAGACUUUCAUUGUAGUGCGCUACAAAAUUUUUAUCCAAAACCACAAAAGUAUGAUGUUAUUUGGUGCCAAUGGGUUCUAGGUUAUAUUCGUGAUGAUGAUUUAAUAGAAUUUCUCAAAAAUUGUGUGUCAGGUUUGAAAAAGAAAGGUGUGUUAGUUGUAAAAGACAAUGUAACAAGCUCCAACGCAUUGGAGUUUGAUACAACAGAUUCUUCUGUAACAAGACCAUAUAAAGACUUAGUAGGUAUAUUUGAGAAAGCUGGAUUGAUUUGCAUAAAAAAAAAAUUACAACGUUAUAUGCCUUCUGGUUUAUAUCCAGUUUAUAUGUUUGCUCUUAAACCAAAAAACUAAUCUGUGAAAAUAUUGAAUAAUCGAUAAUAGAAUAAUGGAUAUAAAAUAAUUUUGUUCAUGUUACUUUCUUAUUCUUUGUUCAUAUUUUUAUAAUAAAUUAAUUUUUGAUUGAAAUAAAUAGUACAAGAUUUAUCAAAUUAAAAUAAACAUCAAAACUUUUAUUUGGAUAUAAUGAUAAAUCAAACAUUAAAUUUUUACUCCAAUUUAACACAUGCAGUGGGGAUCAUCAGUGACUAAUGCCAUAACAAUACAAUAAUAAACUUUAUUCUGAUACCAUGAGUAAAUUAUAUAAAAGUAUCUUGAAUGUGAUAAUCAAAAAAAUGAUAUUUUUCGAUAUAAAAAAAUGCUUUUUAUUUAGGUCGUAUUUUUUCAUACAUAAAUCGUUGAUUAAUAUCUUGAAGAGAAGCACUUAUGAGACGCUUUUUAACAGCAUGAAAAUGAGUUAAAGCAAAAUUAUAUAAUUCAUUUUCCAUUUUCCAAACAACUGUUUUUUGAAUUUUUUCCACUGUUUCCGGUAACGGAUCGAUUUUUUGCGUCGUUUGUCGUAAAUGCGAUUUGUUAUCUAAAAAUAUUUUCAUGUGUCUUACACGUUUAAUAAUAAAACAUUGAUAUAUAAACUUAAAGCAUAAACAUUGAUCAACUUACUAUAUAAAAACGAUUCGUACGCCCCUUUGAAGAAUCGUGGAAAUACAAUCUGUAAUAUUUGUACAAAUUCUGCUAAUUCUUCAGUAACACCUACUAAAAGAUAAUGUCUUUGUAAAUUUCUCUUAGCUUCUUCUAAUGCCCAUUUAUUUCCAACUUCCCUAUAGUAAAAUAAAAUUUUUAAAUAACA